UUUCUUGUUUUUGUCUUGCUUUUUUGAUCAUUUUGUGUUUCUUCAGCUUUCCUGCCUUUGCCUUGUGUCCUUGUUUCUGAAUUUUGAGGUUCAUUUCUCCCAACAAGGGGAUUCGUCAAGCCCCGAUUUUGCGGGGGGCUGAGGACUAUUGGUGUCUGGGCCUAUAUUUUGGGUCAUCAUCAGAUAUCACGCACACCAGGGAAAUACCAGUUUGUAGUAGGACAGUGGGGGGGUUGUGUGCCUGAGCCCAUCGUGAGCUGUUCACCAUGGGCAGGGAUGUACAGAAGCAGUCUUCGUGGAUGGGGGUACGGGGAAGAUAUGUCUUUCUGGUUCUGUUGACGAUUCAAUGUUCUUCUUCGAUUUUGUUGCUUCAUUAUUCUAGAGUUAUGCCCGUUGUGGGCGACCAGAGAUAUAUUACUUCUACCGCGGUUUUCCUGAACGAGGUUAUCAAGCUCGCGAUAUGUCUGACGAUCGCUCUAUACGAAGUAUCUAAAUCCGCUCCUCCUUCUAUGCCUGCGACCUCCUUGUUCGGAUCGUUGGCUGCCGCAAUCUUUACCGGUGAUAGUUGGAAGCUUGCUGUUCCCGCGGCGCUCUACACGAUCUCGAAUUCCUUGCAGUACAUCGCUUUGUCGAACGUGGAGGCCGUGCAGUUUCAGGUUACAUACCAGCUCAAGCUCAUCGCCACCGCUGUAUUCGGGGCGAUGGUCAUGCGAAAGUCUCUGCCGUAUGCGAAGUGGAUGAUAUUGUUGCUUCUGGUUGCGGGCGUCGCGUUGGUACAGAUCCCUCCGGUAGACCCGCAUGAACUCGAUCGUCGGACACAUGUAUACCUUCCCAGACGGCUCUCGGAUUUGCAGCAAUUUGGAGUCGCUGCAGGCCCGGUCUUGCGAAAGCGAUCUGCUACCUAUGAAGGUAUCCAGGACGAUAUGAUUCAAGGACAUCCGGUGUUUAAUGCUAGGACGGGUCUCCUCACGACCCUGGGUGCAUGCUUUGCUUCCGGGCUCGCAGGGCUAUCCUUUGAGAAGGUCCUGAGGGAUAGCACUCAGUCUACUUCCGUUUGGAUUCGAAACGUACAGUUAGCCAUAUAUUCGAUUUUCCCGGCUUUGUUUAUUGGCGUUAUAUUUCUUGACGGUGAACGAGUUGCUAAGCGAGGAUUUUUCCACGGAUAUAACUGGACUGUAUGGAGUGUCAUCGCUGCUCAAGCGGUUGGUGGUAUUGCGGCCUCAUUCUGCAUCAGCUAUUCCGAAUUGGGUUUGCUGCAAGCCGCCAGUGCAAUGAGCAUUGUUCUUAGCUCGCUGGCGAGCCCCUUUUUCUUCGACAUUCAAGUUUCUGCCUACUUCAUUCUUGGGACAUUGAUUGUUCUAGUCGCAUGUUUCGUUUACAUACCCAGUCCGCUCAAUGCCAAAUCGGAUCUACGCCCGCGUCUUCCUCCGAUCCGAAUUGAAAAGGCGAAAUCAUCCCCUGACACCGAUGGGUCGGGACAGGAGCUGGCUGUUCCGCCAAACGACUUUUCUAUCAAAUUGCCGACCACACCCCUGAUUUCAGAGGCGUCGGCUCUUACUACUUCACGUCCUGGUUCACCUUCUCCUGCGAGGCACCAUGCUAGAGCCCAUUCUUCUCGUGGUUAUUUCGGAAGACAGCACCAUGAAAACUAAUCUUUCGAGGGAUGUCACUGGCUAGAGAUCAGAUAACAACAUCAUGCGCUCAUGCCACAUGCACCUGUGUUUGAAAAACAAACUGCAGCACAACUAAUUGACUGGACAGAUUCUUUUUUAUUUCAGUGGAACAGGAAGCGGGAGUCUUGGUUUCCGCGAUGAAUUCUCCUGCGAUCUUCGGACGAAUAUAAAAAAGGUGUACAAUUUUUAUGACAGACGCGGGGAUUUCUUUUCCCUUUUCUUCCUCCCUUUUUCUAUCUUUAUUUUCUGCAUCAAACUCUCGGGGACCAUCGGUUUGGAUCCUUGUUUUAUUUUCUUUUUAUUGUCUUAAGAGGUUCUUUCGGGGCAUUUAUGUAGGAAGAUGGUUGGUGGUCUUUCGAAACGGGUAUUUAAACGCAGAAUUGAUUUCCAUGAGCAGGUAAAAUUGCUUUCCGAUAUAUCUAAUAUCAGACGAAGAAUAUUACUCUUGUUGCAGUUCGUCA